UGGGCUUUGGUGUGUGUGUGUGUGUGAUUGUCACUUUGAGAGAAAGUUUUUGUGUGUCGCCACAACCUACAAGCAGGAAGUUGAGAGCAGAUAAGAGAGAUACUCAGACGCAGAUGUUCAUUCAGCUUUCAGCUGGGACGCCGCGAACACUGGGAGCUUCACUGAAAACACUUUCUCUGAAUCUCUAACACUUUACAUCGAGAAAAUGUGCGACUUCGAUCUGUCUCAAGCUCUGGACGACUCAACCGACUGCGAUGCGACAGGAUGCGAGUCUCCCUGCUUUAACAUGAAGGAAAUUAAGGAUGGCAUUUUUAAACUCGACAUGGGACUGGACCUGGUGGUUUCCCAUAACCCGAAAACGCUGCAGUCAGUGGCGUUAGUGCUGCUCGCGGCGAGCAGGAUGAAAAAGUCCCUGAGCUGCCCCCACAGAGAGCUCAGAGACGACGAGCUCUGCAGCGCCAUCAUGAGCAGUCUGGUGAUCGAAACAAUCAUCGAGAAAACGGAGAGCUCGACCAGCAGCGCAGAGAAACGAGUUUACCAGCGAGUCAACAGCGGGAAGCAGUACACGCUGUGUGAUGUCUUUCAGAAACACGUCGUGCAAACGUCCGGACAGCUGCAGCUGCAGGCCGUCACGCUCAGAGGAGGGAACUGCGAACGCAAAGUGAAUUUCAAACUGGCGAGGUACAGCUCUCCUACCGUCUCCGCUGACGAAGGUCAGACUGUCCUCCUCUCCCUCUCUGACAAACUGCACAUCUGCUGCUCCAUGAAGGACGACAGAGCCGUGCUGCUCCUGGAGGAACGCAACAAGGAAGGUUUGAAAAGCAUCAGGGAGGACGAAGACAUGGCCCGUUUCCUCUUUUACAGGAGGGCAAAGGGAGUCUCUGAGAGCACCUUCGAGUCUGUGAGAUACCGCGGCUGGUUCAUCAGCACCGGAGACGCCGAGAACCAGCCGGUGGAGAUGUGCCAGGUGGACGCCUACAGAUACAUGACGUUCAGGAUGAACUGAAGGUGUCCAGAUUCAUGCUGAGGAUUUGAGUUUUUCAUUUGUUCUGCUGCACCACUAGAGGGAGCCGUUAUGUUGCAGUGAAAACUGUGAAACUGAUGAGAUGAACAAAAAUCCGCUAAAAAUACUUUAUAUUAUUUUUAUACUCACUGACAAAAUGAUCUGUGGAAGCUGAGCCCUAACAUUUUUGUUGGGAAAGUUGUAACAGGAUAUUCCUCAAAAGUAUUGAUUGUUUUUUAUAUUAAAUUCAAUUUAUUUCUCUAUUGUUUGUUACAAU